AUGUCCACCUCAGGAAAGAAAAGUUGGGGGCGUAAAAAGAUUGACAUAAAGAAAAUGACGAAUCAGAAACAUUUGCAGGUUACUUUCUCGAAGCGCCGCACUGGGAUCUUCAAGAAAGCAAGCGAGCUCUCCACGCUUUCUGAUGCAGAGAUGGCUCUCAUCGUCAUCUCGCCGGGCCAGAAGGUGUUUUCAUUCGGCCAUCCGAAUGUUGAGACAGUCAUUGAGAAGUACCUCUUGGAGGUCCCGACUCAACCGGCUGACAACAUGCAAUACGUCAAUGCUCAGAGUAGCGCUGACGUGCUUGGGCUCAAUGCAAAAAUAUUUCUAUUUAAAAACCAAAUUGAUGCUGAGAAGAAGCACAUCAAGGAGCUAGAUCGUCAGAUCAAGGUAGUUCAAGCUCAAUUUUGGGGGGCCUCUCUGAUUAAAGAGAUGGACAAGUCUCAACUUGAGCAGUUCAAGGGGGCCUUGGAUGAGGUCAAGAAGCAAGUCACUCGCUAUUGUGACAUGCUCCCUAUGCAAGGUGAUGUUGAUGCUAGUGAUGCCCCUACCAACCCACCAAUGUAUCAACAUUUUGCUGCUGGACCCUCGAACGCCAUGAUCCCUCUCCACCACCCACCACCAACACCUCCUCAGGUGUUUUCACCACUGAAUUUUCAAGGCCCAAUGAUGCAGACUCAAACCUUUUUUGGUGGCCUUAACAACAAGGGAGGACAUGGAGGACCACCCCCUGGUUUCUACUAA